AACAGUGCAAGACAAAAAGACAGUGCAAACAGACAAUACAAAGCACUAUAGUACAGGACACAUACACAAAAUAAUGCUGAUCAGUAUCUGAAUAAUAUGUUAUACAGAACAACAUGCAAAAAUAAGAGAACUGUAAACAAAGAGGGUUCUUGUAAACAUAUACACAUCUGUAAUAGCAGCAGUUGGUGGCAGUUUGUGUGCAAUGUGUGCAAAAGCAGCAACUGAGUAACAUGUUAACAGUUACAAUAUGGCUGGUGCUAUAGACAUGGAGGAAUAUUGAAUUGAAUUGAGUGUUUGAGAGUUCGAGUUCAGAAUAAUUCAGUUCACACAGCUGAGUGACUGAGUCUGGGUGUGUGUGUGUGUGUGUGUGUGUGUGUGAGUGAGUUCAGUACAGUUCAGUGUUGAGGAGUCUGAUGGUUUGAUGGAAGAAACUGUUACAUACUCUGGCUUUGAUGGAUCAACUGCUUGGUUCCUUUUUCCAGACAACAGGAGAAUAAAGAAUGUUUGUGUGGGAUCAUCCACAAUGCCUUUGGCUUUGCAGAUGCAGUGUGCAGUUUAAAUGUCCAUGACAGAGGGGAUGAGCCGAUGAUCUUCUCAGCUGUCCUCACUAUCCCCUGAAGGGUCUUGUGAUCUGAGACGGUCCAGUUCCCAAACCAGGCAGUGAUGCAGCUGCUCAGGACGCUCUCCAUGGUCCCUCUGUAGAACACAGUCAGGAUGGGGGGAGGGAGAUGGGCUUUCCUCAGCCUCCUCAGGAAGUAGAAGCGCUGCUGGGCUUUCCUGGUCAUGGAGCUGGUGUUGAGUGACCAGGUGAAGUUCUCUGCCACAUGAACACCAAGGAAUUUGAUGUUCUUGACGAUCUCCACAGAGGAUCCGUUAAUGAACAGCGGAGAAUGGUCACUCUGUGCUCUCCUGAAGUCAACAACCAUCUCUUUAGUCUUCUUGAUAUUCAGGGACAGUUUGCUGGCUUUACACCAGGCUGUUAGCCGCUGCACCUCCUCUCUGUAUGCUGACUCGUCGCUCCUGCGUUAUUGCGUUAUUGACUCAUCGUUCUUGUGUUAUUGGCAAACUUGACGAUGUGGUUGGAGCUAUGCAUUGCUGCACAGUCGUGAGUCAGCAGAGUGAACAGCAGUGGACUGAGCACACAGCCCUGAGGAGCUCCAGUGCUCAGUGUGGUGGUGCUGGAGAUACUGUUCCUGAUCCGGACUGACUGAGGUCUCCCAGUCAGGAAAUCCAGGAUCCAGUUGCAGAGAGAGGUGUUCAGGCCCAGCAGGCUCAGCUUCUCAAUCAGCUGCUGAGGGAUGAUUGUGUUGAAUGCUGAACUGAAGCCUGUGAACAGCAUUCAUACAUAUGUGUCCUUAUUGUCCAGGUGUGUGAAAGCCGAAAGGGUUGUGGUGAUGGCAUCGUCCAUGGAGCGGUUAGGACGAUACGCAAACUGCAAGGCAUCCAGCGAGGGUUGUAACUGGGUUUUGAUGUGCCUCAUGAUGAGCUUCUUGAAGCAUUUCAUCACGAUUGGUGUAUGUGCGACUGAACGAUAGUCAUUGUGGCAGGAAACUGUAGACUUCUUCAGCAUGGGGGUGAUGGUCGGUGUCUUGAAGUCAGGCUAAACAUGCGAAUGGCACCAUGUUGGAUCAAGAGUGGCCGCUGUGUGCUACUGCUGUGCUACCAUCUUGGAACAUACAGUGACAUUGGCUGGAUGUUUGGGGUCGUUGUCUUGCUGCAGAAUAAAUUUGGGGCCAAUCAGACACCUCCAUGGUAUGGGUACUGGCCAUAUGGUAUCUUUAAGCGUUUGGGAGUUCCUGGUCCUAAACCGAUGCCAUUUUUAGGAACUCUGUUAAAAUAUCGUAAGGGAAUCCACAAUUUUGAUAUGGAGUGUUUUCAGAAGUACGGGAAGAUUUGGGGUAUAUAUGAAGCAAGACGGCCGGCCCUCUGUAUCAUGGACACAGAGAUCAUCAAAACUGUCCUGAUCAAAGAGUGUUACUCUCUCUUCACCAACCGCAGAAAUUUCCGUCUUAAUGGUCCUCUGUAUGAUGCAUUGACCAUCGCUGAGGACGAGGACUGGAAGAGAAUCAGGAGUGUUCUAUCUCCAUCAUUCACCAGCGGAAGACUGAAGGAGAUGUUUGGAAUCAUGAAGUCACAUUCUCACUCUUUGGUUAAAAAUCUGCAGAAGGUGUCUGAGCGAGGAGAAUCAGCAGAUAUUAAAGAGUUUUUUGGAGCAUACAGUAUGGAUGUGGUGACGAGCACAGCGUUUAGUGUCGAUAUCGACUCCCUGAACAACCCCAAAGAUCCAUUCGUGACCAACAUCAAGAAAAUGCUGAAGUUUAGCUUCCUCGCCCCUCUGUUUAUCGUUAUUGCGCUGUUCCCCUUUUUUGCUCCGGUGUUGGAGAAAAUGAAUUUUGCCAUCUUCCCGACUGCAGUGACUGAUUUCUUUUACGCCUCACUGCAAAAGAUCAAGUCUGAACGUGUGGUCAAGGAUAAUAAGAAACGAGUGGACUUCAUGCAGCUGAUGAUCGAUUCUCAGAAAUCAGAAACAGACGAUCUGAACAACAAAGAGACAAACAAAGGUCUGAAUGAUCAUGAGAUUCUGUCCCAGUCCUUGGUGUUCAUCUUUGCUGGUUAUGAGACAAGCAGCAAGACUUUGUCGUAUCUUUUCUACAAUCUGGCCAGUAAUCCAGAGACGAUGAAGAAACUCAAGAAAGAAAUUGAUGAAAUCUUCCCUAAUAAGGCUGAAGUUGAUUAUGAUACAGUGAUAAACAUGGAUUAUCUGGAUGCUGCUAUGAGUGAAUCAUUGAGAUUGUACCCUGUUGCUCUUCGUCUGGAAAGAAUCUGCAAGAAAACAGUUGAAAUAAAUGGCCUUACCAUCCCAAAGGACACUGUAGUCAUGAUCCCCACUUAUACCUUACAUAGAGACCCUGAAUUUUGGCCUGACCCAGAGACCUUCAACCCUGAGAGGUUCACUAAGGAGAACAAGGAGAGCAUCGAGCAGUAUGCCUACAUGCCGUUUGGUUUAGGACCCAGGAACUGCAUCGGGAUGAGGUUUGCCCUUGUGGCCAUGAAGCUGGCUGUUGUUGAGAUACUGCAGAGAUUCGACAUCAGUCUUUCUGAGGAGACGAAGGUUCCUCUGAAGCUGAAAAACAGUGGCUUUCUGGAUCCUGAAGAGCCCAUCAAAAUCAUAUUCACACCUCGGAAAAAUUAAUGUUUUAUUUUACUCUAGUAUCAAUACACCAUAACAUUAAAGGUGUGACUAUUUCAGAUUUCUUCAUUACCAUUAUACCAAAACUAUUAUAUUAAAUUAAAAUGUAGCAUCUUUCUUUUCUACUGUUCUGAUUGCCUGUAUUCUGUAAUAUAAAAAGUUAAAUGUUUAUCUCUAAACAAAUGCUCAGCAAUAAUGUUUUUUAGGAAGUAUAAUAAAAACACAGUGGUUCAGA